AUGGCGGCGUCAGCGACAUCGACGGCACCAAUGAACUCGUACCCUCGUAUUCCGCCAUCGCCAUCGCCAUCGCAAUCCCCACUUUCAUCGCCCACGGUUCCACGAUCUUCAGCUUAUCGUCGUUCCUCUUCCAUUUCUUCAACCACUUCAACAACCUCAUCAUCUCCAUUUCCCCACUCAACGCCCACAACCUCACAAUAUUCACCAUCGAAACCUAAACCACCACCGUUGCACAACGCGCAUCCUUACGCGAUCAAAACUACAUCCACUGCGCUCCUCACCCGUUCCACAUCGAGCACGACUAUGUCCGAUGCCGCGGUGAACCACUACAUCCCACCCUCCUCGCCGUCUCCUUCGCCGUCUCCUAACAGCCCGGGUGGCAGUGGGUUCGCAUAUGGAUUUGGCUACGGAAGUGGGUCGGAAGGAGACGAGCGUGAUGGCUCACCCACCGCGAAGCGGAGAGGGCAUCGGUACAGUCGUAGUUUGACGUCUGACUUGCCGAUGCCACUCCCCCCACCCCCCGGUUCUGCCGCAGUGAAAGGGCUUAGUGCGAUUGGGCCCUCCUACUCGACACCUGGAUUUGAGAGUCCGUAUAGGCAGAGCAGGCAGCCUCGCUCCCCGUCCCCUUCUCCAUCAGGUUCAAGAGGCAGAAAUCAACCGAGACAUGCUCUCAGCGAGGGCGAAGCGGAACAGGAAGACGAUGACGAUACGCCACGCAGGAGGCUAUAUUAUCAGCAACAACAGGACCAGUUUUCUCGUGGGAUGGGUCUGGCUGCACCCGCUUUUCCUGAAGUCCAUAAUCACAAUGGUGCUCUCCCAGACGAUCCGAAGGCAUGGACGCCGGCCCAGCUUGCGCAAUAUCUCUUGACGACGUCGUCUGCAGACUUACAUGGGAAUGAUACUAUCGCAAAAUUCGUCAAGGAGAAGCAGAUUUCUGGACGCGCGUUUUUGAGACUUGCGGAUGCGGAUCUGGAUAGUCUUUCAUCCGCAACGCGCGCCGCCCUCCUCAAUACUUCUCGUACACUAAGACAGAGUCUCGUUCGUGCUCGUAUCUUGAGCUCCACAUCCGAUUCAAAUCCACCUAAGCACCAAUUGCCACCCUCGACAAACGUGUAUUCAAGCUCGGGGUCGCCCCUGGACGGAGAACACAAACCUGGAUCUAGCACAACCUCCAGCGUCGGUGCUAUGAACAGCGACAACGACGGGUUCAAUCCCGACUUCCAGUUCGGCGGUGCUUCUAGCGGUACCACCAGCACCAGUCCGCUUAUACCGAUUGGCACGCUGAGCCGAUCUAGAGGCGUUCGUCCGCGCCGGCGUGAUGGGGUGAAUGGCAGCAGGGGAAGUGUGGAUAGCAUGAGCGGGGCUAGCGAUUCUGGCUCGAGCAUCUCAUCGUCCUCGAGCCACUCGCACACGAGAACGCGUACGCUCUCUGCUGCCCGUGACAUCUCGGCGAGUGCGAAGAAGCGGGUGAGGGAGAGGGUGGACGAGCUUGAGGAACGGAUUAGUAUCAGUGCUGGGAGUGGGGUCGAAGAAGAGGGUAGUGCGAGUUCGUCAAGCAGCGGAGUUGGAAGAGAGAGAGGCGGGUCGCCGGUGAAGCGUGUUCAGGCGGUCCCUGUUUCAGCUGAUGGCACCAAAGCCAAAGCCAAGGCGCUCCCUCAACGUGGUGGAGUCGUGAACCUUUUCGAAGAGGGGCAGCGGCGCGGGCAUGAUGAACCCAUCAAACAGCGCCAGCCGCUGGACAAGGAGGAGGAGGACAAAGACAGCACCAUUGUCGGUCUUGCCAGGAAGAACGUGAACGGGCGCGAGCCGCGGCUGCUUCCCUUCCCGCCUGCGCCGCCACCAUCUCAUGUCCAUCACCACCCUCACCAGCACAUUCAGGCUCAGCAAACGCAUACGCCAAUUUCGUCUGCGGGCGUCGAAGAUUACGAGUUUGGCUUCAGGCGGACGUACGGCGCCAUGCAUGGGGACGCACAGGUCACCGACCAUGGCGCACACUCUAAUGGUGCCAUGGCAGACCCAUUUGGGAGCGUAUAUGUCGUUCGACACAGUCCGCGACCGGCGUCGGUGGCGCAUCAGCCUACCGACGCGGGAUCUCCUCUAAGCGCUGGGGGAUCUCCGGCCCGCGCCGCAUCCGCCGCGGCCAGUUCAAUGGCUGGAUCAGGAGGACGACCGCCGAGGCUGCUACCCUUCCCGCCUGUCGUCGGACAUGCAGUAUUGCACCACCCCGUGCCCAAACGCGCCGUUGGGGUCGGUGUAGAGUCUGCGACGAGCGACACGGGGAAUGAGGUUUGGGAGAGUGCGCUCGAGGACCAAGAAUGGGCACGUGAGGUGGUCCAGCACGAAAUCGGGACGUUGGAGGAUGCGAAGGGUAUUUUGGAUCAGAAGAUUGAGAAGAAAAUUGAGAAGAGGAAGGAGGAGAAAGAGGAAUUGGACGAAAGGAUUAAACUAACGAAGGGGGCUUUCAAGGAGACGCAGACGGGAACCGACGAGGCCGACGAAGAAGAGGAGAUGAGCGUCCAGCAGCUUUUGCUCCGUGGUGACCCUGGCGUGCCCAAAAUAUCGGGAGUCGAGGCGUGGGAGAUGGAGUUGGGCGAGACCGUUAAACGGAUUGGCGCCAAUACUAGUGUCAGUGCCAACGGCAAGGAUGUGGAGAUUGGACGUAAGGCUGGCGGUGGAAGUAAGCGCCACAACCACACUGGAAAAUCGGAGAUGAAGACCAAAGGCAGGGCUGAACUUGCAGGAUCGCAAGCUCAGAGAGGCGGGUUGAUGGGUCUUUUUGCGGAUGAUUCAGAAGGAGCAGGCGUUACACCAGCCUCGACGUCGUCCAUUCCAGAGAAGCCUACAGAAGAGGUGGACGCGGAGAACAAAGCACGCGCCGAGCGCGCAGAAGCAGACAACAAACAACGCGAGGAGAAGACUGCCGAAUUAAAUGCCAGAGAGAUGGCGUUGGAUGAGAGAGAGCGUGAGGUGCGCGACAGGCUGGCUAGUGUGGAGGAACGCGAGAGAAAGGUUACUAUUCGAGAGGAGGAGGUCGGCAAGCGUGAGGUGGAUAUUGGAAAGCGUGAGGACUCGGUAGGCAAGAGUGAGGAGGCCCUUGUCCAGCGCGAAGUCUCUAUCCAAACGCUUGAGGCUGGUGUAAAAACGCGCGAAGGUGAACUUGAGCGGCUUGAGAAAGAAGCUCGUGAGAGAGAGACGCGGGUCGGGGUGAGAGAGGUUGAGGCAGACAGCGUCUGGCGGGACUUCGAGAAAAGGGAACAAGACCUCAAGGAAUAUGAAAGUAACGUGCAGGAGAAGCUUGCGGAGGUGGAGAAGAGGGAACAAGAGUUGAAGGAGCUGGAAGGCGUUCUGCACAGAGGAAAGGAGGACCUAGAGAGACGGGAGCGUGAAGUCACUCAGCGGGAAAUUGACGCCUUCGAACGCGAAGAGAAGGAAAAGAAACGCCCAACAACCAUGGAGAAAACCAUACAAGCUGUUCAGGAAAGUAGCGACAAAUGCGUCGAAACUGUCCCCAAAGCACAGCAAAUUCAUUCCGCUGCGUGCCCGAAGCCGUAUCUUGUCUCAUCAUGGAUGCUUAAGCGAGACUAUUUCCUGGGUCGCUUCAUUGGCGCUUUCGCUGAUCUUGGUGACAAUUACACCUCCGAACGGGGAGGGGGGAUGUUGGCCAAUAUUAGAGGAGGGGGAGGGGCGUUAGUGUUGAUGGGGAUUGGAGUGUGUGCUGUUGUGCUGAGGGUGCUGGGGCGGAGGAUCGCUGGUGUUGCUGGUGUUAGGACAUGA